GAGCGGGGCAGGACGUGGGGCGCAGCUGCAUUCUGGUCUCCAUCGGGGGGAAGAACAUCAUGCUGGACUGUGGCAUGCACAUGGGAUACAACGAUGAUAGGCGGUUCCCAGACUUCUCGUACAUCACUCAGAACGGACGGCUCACUGAGUUCCUGGACUGCGUCAUCAUCAGUCACUUCCACCUGGACCACUGCGGGGCGCUGCCCUUCAUGAGUGAGAUGGUGGGCUACGACGGACCCAUCUAUAUGACCCACCCCACGAAGGCCAUCUGCCCCAUCCUGCUGGAGGACUUCAGGAAGAUCACUGUGGACAAGAAGGGGGAGACCAACUUCUUCACGUCGCAGAUGAUCAAGGACUGCAUGAAGAAAGUAGUUCCUCUCAACCUGCACCAGACCGUCCAGGUGGACGAUGAGCUGGAGAUCAAGGCGUAUUACGCGGGUCACGUCCUCGGAGCCGCCAUGGUUCAGAUCAAAGUGGGCUCUGAGUCCGUCGUCUACACCGGCGACUACAACAUGACUCCUGACCGACACCUGGGUGCUGCGUGGAUAGAUAAGUGUCGUCCUGACGUCCUGAUCUCAGAGUCGACGUACGCCACGACCAUAAGAGACUCGAAGCGCUGCAGAGAGAGAGACUUUCUGAAGAAAGUGCACGAGAGCAUCGAGAGGGGGGGCAAGGUCCUGAUCCCGGUGUUUGCUCUGGGUCGAGCUCAGGAGCUCUGCAUCCUGCUGGAGACCUUCUGGGAGAGGAUGAACCUGAAGGCUCCCAUCUAUUUCUCCACCGGUCUGACGGAGAAGGCCAAUCAUUACUACAAGCUGUUCAUCACCUGGACCAAUCAGAAGAUCCGGAAGACCUUCGUCCAGAGGAACAUGUUCGAGUUCAAACACAUCAAAGCCUUCGACCGUUCCUACGCCGACAACCCCGGACCUAUGGUGGUGUUUGCGACGCCUGGGAUGCUGCACGCUGGUCAGUCUCUGCAGAUCUUUAAGAAGUGGGCGGGACACGAGAAGAACAUGGUGAUCAUGCCGGGUUACUGCGUUCAGGGAACCAUUGGACACAAGAUCCUGAACGGACAGAGGAAGCUGGAGUUGGAGGGCAGGUCUACGCUGGAGGUAAAGCUGCAGGUGGAGUACAUGUCCUUCAGUGCUCAUGCAGAUGCUAAAGGCAUCAUGCAGCUCAUCAGGAUGGCUGAGCCCAGGAAUGUGCUGCUGGUUCACGGAGAGGCCGUCAAGAUGGAGUUCCUCAAGGGCAAGAUCGAGCAGGAGUUCAGUAUCGACUGCCACAUGCCGGCUAACGGAGAAACGGCUACGGUGCAGACGAACCCCAGCGUGCCGGUGGACAUCUCUCUGAACCUGCUGAAGAGGGAGAUGGCUCUGGGAGGUCCGCUCCCUGACCCUAAGAGGCCCCGCACCAUGCACGGCACGCUCAUCAUGAAGGACAACAGUCUGAAGCUGGUCUCCUCAGAACAGGCACUGAAGGAUCUGGGUCUGAACGAGCACCAGCUGCGCUUCACCUGUAGAGUCCAGCUGCAGGACCAGAGCCCAGAGCAGGAGACACUGAGCAGAGUGUACACACACCUGAGGAG